AAUAAUGACCGGAGGAGUAAUUAGGAAGUUUGUGAUCCUACUACAAGAUACGACCCUCGAGUUCUCCUUUGAUACAGCGACAAGGUUAUUCCCUAUCCAACGACCUCAAAAUGGCUACUCCUUAUGAGAUACAUAUUGAUGCGACGAGGCUGAUUGUCUGCUGCGACGGUACAGCCAACUCGGGAUAUCGACCGGAGGCCGAAAACCCUCUUACCAACGUAUCGCGCAUCUCACGAUGCAUCAAGCCCAGGAAAAGCUGGUGGUAAUGGCCGGCAGCUAGUUCUUUACCUGUCCGGCAUCGGCACGUCUGCCGACGCCCAGCUCGAUUGGCUAGUCAACGGUUGGAAACAGAUGGUUGGAGCAGGUCUGCUUAUUCAAUCUUUCCAUGUUCAUGACGGUCACUUGCUAAGGCGGAGCCGCUAAUUCAUGAAUGGGAGCGAUGGCUCUUCAGGUCUCGACGAGAAAGUCAAGGAGGCCUACUCAUUCCUCUGCCACAACUAUGACGAACGGGGCGGGGAUGAGAUUAUACUCAUCGGUUUCUCCAGGGGCGCCUUCACCGUGAGAUGCAUUGCCAGUCUGAUAGCCAGCGUCGGACUUCUUACAAAGACUAGCCUCUCCCAGCUACCUAGGAUUUACCCUCUCUGGAAGCAGGGGAAACCGGUUGCUGACUUUGAUCUGGAUCCGGGGUCGCGUAGGGAUGCUCGCAUAAGGGUCUUCUGCGCCAUGUGGGAUAUUGUCGCGUCAUUGGGUCUCACUCACAUAACAAAUUAGUGACCAAGUUGAGUG